AUGGGUUCGGCGGCUCGCUUUGGUCUGACAGCUUUUCUGUCAUUGCUGUCUACGCUUGUUGCAGCCUCCAGCAUCUCCAAAGGUCAGACCAUUGAAGUCAAUGGCAAUUUCUACUACGUGCCUGCCACUGCGGUGACAACCCUUAAGGUUUCCAGUGGUCGAUUGAGCCAGGACACUGGCCUAGUUCCAUUAACAGUCAUCCAGAGUGAUGUUUCAAAAUUCACGACCUCAAUUAUUAAGAACCUUGUGAAUGCCUACCAAGCAGCUGAUGACGUUUUCAAUACCGGGUUCCUUGAAAAUAUCUACGUCGCAUACAAUGGCACAAGCAAGAAGCCAAUUGAAGACGUCACUCUUCCAUCGAGUUGGGGGAAUAAAUUCUUAGGCUUUUCCGCCGCAUAUAGCACAAAGAAGACAACAACGUGCUCGAAGAGUAUUCCUUCAGGGCCAUACUUCUUGGACGGGACUACAGGUGAUGUAUUCGAGGCGUAUUUGCUGUACUCCGACGUGAUGGGAUCCUUCACACAGGGCCUCUAUGCGGUAGGAGAUGGCUCCUACAAUGUACUCACGGCAAGCCUCUCGGGAUAUGCCUCUCUAACCAUUGGCGUCCCGUCCCGUCUUUAUUUCACCAAGACAAUAAAGCAGCCUCUCGCAGGAGUCCGCCUUGGUGUGAAGGACAUUUAUGACAUCAAAGGCGUCAAGACUGGCUGCGGAAACCGCGCCUACUACGAGACCUAUACUGCUGCCAAUACUACUGGUCCGGCUAUUCAGUCUUUGAUCGAUGCUGGUGCCGUCAUUGUAGGCAAGAUGAAGACAAGCCAGUUUGCCAAUGGAGAGACGGCCACGGAUGACUGGGUUGAUUAUCACUCUCCGUUCAAUGCACGAGGAGAUGGAUAUCAGGAUCCCAGCUCAUCCUCUUCAGGCCCCGGGUCUGGCAUCGGUGCUUAUCCGUGGCUGGAUAUCGCUAUUGGGAGUGACACCGGUGGCUCCAUUCGUAACCCAUCUCAAGUGAAUGGUUGUUUCGGGAACCGCCCAUCGUGGAAUCUCGUGUCGCUAGAGAACGUGAUGCCCAUGUCCCCUCUCCUUGACACAGCUGGAUUUCUCACUCGGGAUGCGAAGCUCUGGAGGGCCGCAUCCGAGGUUCUCUACGCAGGCGCUGAGUUGAAGUCUUACACCAAGUACCCCAAAACCAUCAAAACCAUCGGCUUUCCCGCCAGCGCUUCUACUGAAGCAUAUGGUAUUAUUCUGGACUUUCUCUCCAGCCUAUGCUCCUUUUUAGGGGGUGCAAAUGUGACUGCUCUGGACUAUGACGCUCUCUGGGAAUCUACAAAGCCGUCAAGCGUAUCCGCUGAUACAACACUAGAAACCAUGUUGAACAUCACUUAUCCCAUUCUCAUCUCGAAGCAGCAAUUUCCACUCGUUGGUGAGCCACUUUAUAACGACUAUGCGUCAGCGAAUGGUGGCCGCAAACCUUUUAUUGACCCUGUGCCGUUAUCUCGCUGGACCUGGGGAUUGGAGUAUCCCGAAUCCCAGCUGGAAACGGAAAUCAAGAACAAGGACAUAUUUACAGCCUGGUGGAAUAGCACCGUGCAAGUUUUUGAUGCAGAGACAUGUUCAGACAGCUUGAUUCUGUAUGUGGGUGCGAGUGCGACUCCGAUAUAUCGAAACGCGUAUCGCAGCAUGCCUGGGAUUCCAAGGGGAUUCUCAGCCUCUCGUAUUGCCAACUUUGCCGGUGUUCCUGAUAUGGUAGUUCCCAUCGGCCAAGCCAAAUACAACUCUACCAUUACCGAGCAGGAGGAAUAUCUGCCCGUGGCGGUUGAUUUCAUCGCGCCUCAUGGUUGCGAUCUCAUGAUCUUCAAUCUCGUGAGUGACUUAGUGGCGGCGGGCGUUGUUAUACCCCCCGUGACUGGGUCAACCCUCUAUGGCGAUGGGACUAUUUAUUACAACUAG